AUGAAGCGUCUUCACAACGUCUUCAAUGUCGAUCGACUGAAGAAGUGCCCAGGCCAAACGGAUCGGUUUACCAACCGACCCAUACCCAAAGCGACUCCAAUGCUUUUGGACGACAGUGGCCACGAAGUCUUCAUCCUCGAAGAGCUGCUGAAGCAAUGGCAGUUCAACCGCAAGAAAGAAAUCCUCGUCAAGUGGCAUGGCUUGCCCGAUUACGAAUCGACCUGGGAACUUGAGCGGGACAUCAAACAUGUUUCCCAUUUCAAGCGCCUGGUUCAAGAUCUGCGGGCGAAGAUACUAGCGGCGAAGUCGAUAACCAGGGGAGAAUUUUACGACCAAGCUCGAUUGGCGUGCGGCGUGCUCGGCCAUGGACUCCAGAAGUUCCUCCUGCAGAGCGCACCUUUUAUUUUGGACGCCAAGUCGGCCAAGAGAUGA